AUGCGUUUCCAGAGCCUCGCCCUCUCCCUCUUCGCCACGUCAGCAGUGACGGCUGCCAUUGUUCCUCAGGAAGCGGUCGCAGCAGCCGCAGCAGGAGUGGAAGAGCGGGAUGUGCCGUGCGGAUGCCUGCCCGACUACGUCGGCAACAGUUAUGGCUGCAACAGCCCGUUCCCCGGUCAAAACUACUGUCAGCUGAGGGGUGUUGCUGGCGACUACCCGAGGUGUCUCGCGUUCCCCUCCGGAGGCGGCUCGGCCAAAUGCUGCACUGCCUGCAGUGCCCGCUGCCCUUGCUGA